UUCUGAAUUGGGUUGGCUUUAUAAUGGUUUUCAGGUUUUGGUUUGAAAUUGUGAACUAAAAAAGAAAGGGAAAACAAAAAUAUCUUUUGAGCUUUUUUUGGCAAUGGGUGGUGGAAUUCGAAACAAGGUGAGACGAACUAAAUUUGUGAAGCAUGUUAGUGUGGAUGCACCUGCACCUGCAGCGGCGGUGGCGGUGGUUGAUGGCUUGGGUAAGCCGUUUGAAGAUCUAUCUUUAUUGCCAAAGACGAGUACGGCCUCAAGUGAUCAGCCUAGCGGGGAUGGUAAGAAUAUUCCUUGCCUCCCAAGGCUUGGGACUGCUUCAACUUCAAAGGAGCCGUUAAAGAGUGUUGCCACAUCCAACGUAGCGGAAUCACAAAGGCAGGGAAGUUCGGACCCAACCCCACUGGAUGAUAUAAUCACAAAGCUCACAACAAAGUCCCAACCAACAAGGCGUUGCGAGAUGGUCCAAUUGAGUGAGUCAGAGAUAAGGUAUCUCUGUUAUGUUUCCAGAGAGAUCUUCCUUCGGCAGCCUAUUUUGCUUGAGCUCGAAAGCCCUAUCAAAAUUUGCGGUGACAUCCAUGGGCAAUACAGUGAUUUGUUGAGAAUUUUUGAGCAUGUGGGUUUUCCGCCAAAAUCCAAUUAUCUAUUUUUAGGAAAUUAUGUUGAUUAUGGCAAGCAGAGUAUAGAAACGGUAUGCCUAUUGCUUGCCUAUAAAAUUAAGUUUCCAGAGAACUUUUUCCUUCUUAGAGGAAAUCAUGAGUGUGCUUCUAUAAAUCGGAUAUACGGAUUUUAUGAUGAGUGUAAGAGGCGAUUUAAUGUGAGACUUUGGAAAACAUUUGUGGACUGUUUUAACUGCCUUCCUGUGGCAGCUCUUAUAGAUGACAAAAUUUUAUGCGUGCAUGGGGGUCUCUCUCCUGAUCUGGCUAACUUAGAUCAAAUUAGGAACCUAGCUCGUCCAACUGAUGUUCCUGACAUUGGUUUGCUGUGUGAUUUGCUUUGGUCGGAUCCUGAUAGAGAUGUUAAGGGAUGGGGAAUGAAUGAUAGAGGAUUUUCAUAUACCUUUGGUCCUGAUAAGGUGGCAGAAUUCUUAAUGAAGCAUGGUUUGGACCUUAUUUGUCGUAGCCAUCAGGUUGUGGAGGAUGGGUAUGAGUUCUUUGCUGACAGGCAACUUGUAUCAAUAUUUUCGGCUCCUUGCCACCAUGAUGAAUUUGAUAAUGCCGGUGCAUUGAUGUCGGUUGAUGAAGACCUGUUGUGUUCUUUUCUGAUUUUUAAGCCGGCAGAUAAAAUCCAAGUUCAGUCAACAGGAAUUGGUUGUUUGCCUGGUUAUCCAAGGCUUCAUUCAUAGUUUCGUUCACUCUGGCUGUAUGACAAAUUGAGGGAGGAGAUAUUUUAGCCACAGCCUGAUAGAAUCCAAAGUUGAGAACUUAGGGCUUGAACACAAGAAAUCAUUGUCAUGUGAAUAGUCACCAAAAAAACAUCUUUCAUACAUCAUUUGAUAUCUAAAUUUUGAAAAAAUAAAUUUGAUGUGUAACCGUGAAAAUAUAUAAAUGUAGGCACUUUUUUGUUACAGAACAUUAAUGUAAUUUUUUUUCUUCUUAAUCUUGGGAUAGGGAACUGUAAAAUCAAGUUAAUCUAAAUUAUAGAAAUUAAUAUACAUUUUUUUCUUUCCCUUU